GGCUGUGUAUUCGCUGGCUUCGCUCGACCUGGCACUCCUUCGCUCUCGUCCUCUCUCAACUCGCACGCGGAAAGGCUCGCACGGAACCCUACCGUCGCCGGCGGCGGCGCAGGUUUCGCAGGUGCUCCGGCGGCCGGCGCACGUACCUCCCGAGCUCCGGCGACCUUCCUCCGGCGCAGGUUUCUUUGUGAUACCUUUCUGUGGUUAGAUCCCUCGCAAGGAAAAUGGCAAGCAGAGCAGGUGGCGACGGCAAAGAACCCAUAAAUGAGCAAGUAGUCGCAAAUACCUAUGCCAACAUGCGCACCGAAAUGAACCAGCUAUACACCAAGAUCACGGAGCUGGAGAUGGAAGUGAGCGAGCACUCUCUUGUGGUUGGUGCAAUCGAGCCUCUGGACCCCACGAGGCGUUGCUACAGAAUGAUCGGUGGAGUCUUGGUGGAGAGGACCAUCAAGGAGGUGCUGCCCGCGGUGCACCGCAACAAGGAGGGCCUCGAGGAGGUGGUCUCCCGCAUGAAGGAGGCGCUGGAGAAGAAAAAGAAGGAGAUCACCGAGUUUGAGCUCAAGUACAAGAUCAGGAUCCGGAAGGGCGACGGCAAUGCUGAGGAAGAUGUCACCAUGAAGGAAGCCUCUGCACAGGGUGUUCUUGUUGGCCCCGCAGGUGGCCAGUAGAGCGUAGUGGCAGAAGAGGGAGACUUGCAUUGUUCUCUGUCAAAAUCAGACUGCUGUUCGUGGUAUGUGUAUGUCAAUCGAUAUAGUGAGACUGUAUCUGGGUUCAUGCUACACGUAUGCUGUAGUACUGUUGAAUCCUCAUGUGUAAAACUGGAGAUUAUGGUAGAUCAUAACUUUGCUGGUAACGGCAGAUCUUUGCUAA